AUGCCGCACGUACAGCUUAAUCCUAGGACAACUUCCUUAGAGUUUUAUGGCAUACCGGGUGUCCUAGCCAUCUCGCUUGGACUGCCAAUCUUCGUUAUAUUUUUGAACCAGUUGAUCCGGACUGAUUACUACAUAGUUGGGAUUUUUCAAAACUUCAAGGUAGAGCAGGUGUGGAACCAUCUGAAGCCAUUUUCAUACUAUGUUUACAACUAUCAAUUGUGGACGUAUUACUUGGCAUGGUUUUUCGGGCUUUCUAUCUUGGAUCUAGUGUUACCAGGUCGUGAAUUGUUGGGCGUCAAGCUACGCGAUGGCGCUCAAUUGGCUUACAAGAUUAAUGGGGUUGCCAUGAUAUCUACUUUAGUGCUUGUGCUUUGUGUUAGAUGGAAUAUAACUGGUGGUCAAAUGCCUGAGAUUCAAUAUCUUUAUGAACACCAUGUUGAUCUUUGUAUCAUUACCAUUUUGUUUUCUUUUAUGUUGUCCACUUUCAUUUACAUUAGUAGUUUUAUUCCGCUAGUACGUCCUAAUGGAGUUGGAACGAGAGAACGCGUAUUAGCACUUGGUGGCAAUUCAGGAAAUUUGAUUUAUGAUUGGUUUAUCGGUAGAGAGUUGAAUCCAAGAAUAGGACCGUUGGAUAUUAAGUUGUUUUGUGAGUUAAGACCCGGACUGUUGCUGUGGUUGCUAAUUAAUAUAUCUUGUUUGCAUCACUACUAUUUGAAAUAUGGUCAGGUGAAUGAUGCGUUGCUGUUAAUAAACGUUUUGCAAGGUUUUUAUAUAUUUGAUGGCGUUCUUAACGAAGAAGGUGUACUUAUGAUGAUGGACAUUACUACUGAUGGGUUCGGAUUCAUGCUGAUAUUUGGUGAUCUAUGUCUCGUUCCAUUCACAUAUUCUUUACAAGCUCGUUAUCUGUCCAUUUCUCCCAUAUCACUAGGAAACUACUGGAUUGCGGUAAUUUUAGGCGUAAUGAGCAUGGGUUACUGGAUUUUUCACUCAUCAAAUAACCAAAAAUCAAACUUCAGGCAAGGAAAGCUCCCCAAUCUAAAGAGUAUUCAAACAGACCGAGGUACAAAGCUAUUAUGUGAUUCAUGGUGGGCUAUGUCUCAACACAUCAAUUACCUGGGAGAUUGGCUGAUGUCCUUGAGUUGGUGUCUAUGCACGAGGUUCGAAACUCCUUUGACUUACUACUAUUCUGUAUUCUUUGCGAUACUCUUACUCCAUCGUCAGCGCAGAGACGAGCACAAGUGCAGAGAAAAAUAUGGAAAAAGCUGGCAAACAUACGAAUCACAAGUCCCAUACAGGAUAAUACCAUACAUAUACUAA